AUGACCGGAGGAGGAUCGUACGACGAGGUCGAUCUGGAAGACAUGGAUUGGAACGAAUCGCUCAAGGAAUUCACGUACUCGUGCCCGUGUGGGGACAUCUUUCGAAUCACGUUAGAAGAGCUCAAAGACGGAGAGGAAAUCGCGAGAUGCCCGUCGUGUUCGCUCGUGUUGACGGUGAUUUACGACCCGGACGAGCUACCUUCGAUAACGAACGUUGAAGCGGCGACGUCGGGGACGACGGAGGAAAUUGCAUAG